AUGAGUGAAUCAAGACAAGAGCUUUUAGCAUGGUUGAACAACCUACUUCAGCUCAACAUUACGAAAGUUGAACAGUGUGGCACAGGAGCUGCUUUCUGCCAAAUAUUCGACUCGAUUUUCAUGGACGUGACUAUGAACCGUGUCAAAUUCAAUGUCAAUACCGAAUAUGCAUACCUUCAAAAUUUUAAGGUCCUUCAGAAUACUUUUAAACGUCACUCCGUCGACCGACCGGUCCCUGUCGAGUCUCUCGUAAAAUGCCGUAUGCAGGACAACCUCGAAUUUCUUCAAUGGGCCAAAAAGUUCUGGGACCAGCACUACCCCGGUGGUGACUACGACGCCGUAGCUCGUCGCAAAGCAUCAGGCGGACCGGCCACAUCGGCAGCUCCCGUAUCAGCUGCACGCACCAGUAGCGCCGGCGCUCGACGCGGUACAACUCCCACCGGCGCAGGAGUUCGACCUCGUGUGGCAGGCGCAGGAGCAGGACCAGGCGUUGCGGCUUUGAACCAGGAGAUUGCUGCACAAAAGGAAGCUAUUGCGGGAUUGGAGAAGGAACGUGACUUUUACUUCGCAAAGUUGCGCGAUAUUGAGUUGUUGUUGCAGACUGCCGUUGAAGCUGAUCCGGAGCUGGAGAAGGAUGAGGAUUCGUUGGUGAAGCAUAUCCAGGGUAUUCUCUAUUCGACUGAGGAAGGAUUUGAGAUUCCCGCAGAAGCCGAAGAAGGUCAGGAGGAACUGGAGACAUUUUGA